AUGUCAAGCGCGCUGACGCGCUCGCAGAAGGUCGCCGCGGCCGCGGCGAGGAUCUUCGGGAUGCACGUCGGCAACGGCAUGCGCAGCGGACGGAAGGUCCUCGCGAAAGCGCUCGCCGGGCCGAAGAUGUUGGAGUGGUACGCGGAGGCGUACCCGAUCGGCGUGCGACAAGACCCGCUGUACGAGUGCCCGGAGGCGGCGUUCAGGGCGGAUCGCGUCGAGCGGCUCAAGCGGCGAGGGAAGGUGCAACCGAAGAAGGGAGAGGGGAAGCGCUCGAAGAAGAAGAAGUGA